ACAUGGCGUUCUCCAAAAAGAGAAAUGUGGUCAGCGAGACCAGAGAGACCAGAGCCUUUAACCAAGAAUGGACAUUGUUCCUACGGGCAUUAUAUAACUUGUUUUCAACAUACUAUACUAUGAUUUUAUGUUUUUUUUCCACAUAUUAUACUAUGAAUUUUUAAAUAUAGUGUAGUAUAAUUUUUAUGACUUUUUUCAACAAACUAUGCAAUGUCUGUCUGUUUGACCUACACCUAUUUCCCCUUCAGGCCACUCUGUGCUCAAAGAAGAGCUGUCUGCAGGCUCUGGUGGCCCAGCUGUCCUCUGACAGUGAGGAACUUCAUCAGGUGGUCUCCAGCAUCCUGAGGAACCUGUCCUGGAGGGCCGACAUCAGCAGCAAGACAGUCCUCAGAGACAUUGGCUGCGUUUCUGCACUGAUGACCUGUGCCCUACAGGCCACCAAGGAGUCGACCUUGAAGAGCCUCCUGAGUGCUCUAUGGAAUCUGUCGGCUCACAGCGUCGACAACAAAGUGUCAAUCUGUUCAGUGGAUGGCGCUCUGGGCUUCCUGGUCAGCACGCUGACAUACCGCUGUCAAACCAACUCGCUCGCCAUUAUCGAGAGCGGUGGAGGAAUUCUUCGAAAUGUGUCGAGUCUGGUCGCCACACGGGAAGACUACAGGCAAAUCCUCAGGGACCACAACUGCCUCCACACUCUGCUGCAGCACCUGCGCUCCCACAGCCUGACCAUAGUGAGCAACGCCUGCGGGACUCUCUGGAACCUUUCUGCCCGAAGUCCAAAAGACCAGGAGCUGCUGUGGGACCUUGGGGCAGUUAGCAUGCUGCGCAACCUUAUCCACUCCAAGCACAAAAUGAUAGCAAUGGGCAGUGCCGCAGCUUUAAGGAAUCUCCUCACCAAUCGACCCCUAAAAUAUAAGGACACUGCAGUGAUAUCCCCUGGCUCCUGCAUGCCCUCACUCUAUAUGAGGAAACAGAAAGCUCUGGAGGCGGAGCUGGACGCCAAACACCUGGCAGAGACUUUUGAUACUGUUGAAAAACAGAGCCCCAAGCACCUGACCCUUAACAAGCCGCUACGACACAUUGAGAGUCUGGCAAAGGAUUAUGCAUCUGAUUCUGGUUGUUUUGAUGAUGACGAGGCCCCAAAUGUGUCCAGUAGCCUGGACACUGGGAGCUUUUCUAUGCUGUCCAUGUUUCUUACCAACUCUAACUUCCUUCAAAACCAAGCACGUAAGAGGGACACUGAACCUGAAAGAGAUGUAGACAUGCCUCAGAUGGUCGAGAAGAGAUUUGCUCCCGCUGACGAUAUAUCUGCCGCUGCAGAGAAGCUAGCAAAAAAGAUCACCAACACGGUAGCCAAGAUUGACAGGUUAGUGGAGGACAUCACUAUGCACACAUCCUCUGAGGACAGUUUUAGCCUCAGCUCUGAGGAUCACCUGGCAGACUGGACUUGCGGACUGGAUGAACUCAAUGAAGCCCGGGCAAAAUCAUGCUCCCCCUGCCGUCUAUCUGACACAAGCAGCUUGGCCCACAGGGAACGCCUCAGUAGAGCCCAUGCUCUCUUGCGCCUCAAAACUGCCCAUACAAGUGUAUCAACAGACAGCCUAAACAGUGGAAGCACCAGUGAUGGCUACUGCGGCAGCAAAGACCAGAUGCGACCUGCUCCAAGAGCUAUUAUGAUGCAACAACGACCCAAUCAGCUUGAUCUCAAGGUUGCUCAUCAAGAUUACCUUAAUGUAAGACCUGCUGUUCUGACGGAGAUGAACCAGCAAGAUAUUCCUGAGAGAGAUUAUGUGGACAAAAAAGAUGUGAGAGAUCAAGAGCUCAGCAGCACAGAUGCAGAAAAGAACCAGGAUCAACCUGUACAAACACCUGUCAGUGCAUCAACUAAAUUCUCCUCUGAUGUCAGCAUGACUUCAAUUAAACUGUCUCCUUCUUAUCAACAGGUCCCACUCAUUCAGAGUGUUGCCAAAUUUGGUGUAGCAAAGACAGCCAUCAAUGUCCAAGCUGCCCAGGCAAUGAGGAGGCAAGCAUGGGUACCUACAGUGAUGACUGGAGGUAGUAUUACAAAAUUUUCUCCAAUGACAUCCACCAGAAGCCCAACUAUCGGGUCAAUGGAGACAGUCCAGAAAUACUCAGUGGAGAACACCCCGAUUUGCUUCUCCCGCUGCAGUUCACUGUCCUCCCUCUCUUCUGGCGAUGGCGAGGUGGAUGGACAAAGUGAGAAUGAGCUAGAGAGUGACUCGUCAUUAGAAAUAAUUGAAGUGGAGGACGGAGAAGUGGUGAAGAGAGCUGAAGAGGAUGAAACCUUGGAGGAUCUAAGUGACAGCCAGCUGCUGAUGACUGACUCAAAAACCUUCCCCAGCAAAGAGACCGAUCCCAUUGAGAUUCCCUGUCCUGCCAAAAGGGAAAAGGUGUUCCUUAGAGGAGCUUCACCAGCCAUACUUGAAGACAGAUCUCCAUCCAGCUCAUCUGAGAACUACAUCCACGAGACACCCCUAGUAAUGAGUCGCUGUAGCUCAGUCAGUUCACUGGGCAGCUUUGAGGCUUCCUCAAUUGUUAGCUCAAUCCAAAGUGAUCCAUGCAGUGAGAUGAUUGAUGGAACAAUAAGCCCUAGUGAUCUUCCCGACAGCCCAGGUCAAACCAUGCCUCCUAGUCGAAGUAAAACUCCAUGCUGCAUUGAACCAAAUGGACCAGAAACACAGGCCACAGGAAUAGCGGGCCAAUGGGAAAGUAGUCUGCGAACGUUCAUGGAGAUUGCAGACUCCAAAGAGAGGUUUAACCUUCCUCCUGACCUGGACACUAUGAUCUACUUCACUGUGGAAAAGCCCAGUGAGAACUUCUCUUGUGCGUCAAGCUUAAGUGCGCUGCCUCUUCACGAACACUACAUACAAAAAGACGUGGAGCUGAAAUUGACCCCCCUACUCCAGCAAAAUGACAGAAAUCUUCCUUUCCCUGAUGAGGAUGAGCAAGGAUUUGACCAAUGUGAGAGAUAUAGUGAGGGCAAUUCUGACGAUGACAUAGAAAUCUUAAAGGAAUGCAUCAACUCAGCAAUGCCCUCCAAGUUCCGAAAAAUAAGACCUUCCCUGAUGACAACCAUCCCUCCCCAUAUUCUCAAUUCCCAGAUCCGAAAACAGAUGCAUCUUCCAAUGUACAUGAUGCUUCCAAAUGGCAAAUCCCAGAUGUGUCCUGGGAGGAGAAUUGUCAUUCCACAAAAGGACUUUAAAUUUGAUGAUUCAUCCCUCACUGAUUCUGCAGAAGGUACACCAGUCAACUUCUCCAGCACAACAUCGCUAAGUGACGAAACACUUCAGUAUCCAGUGAAGGAGAGGGGGGCUAAAGACUGCACAGCAAAAGGUAUGAACAAACAGGAAUUGCUCAACGAUGAGGCAAAGAGGAUAGAAGACUUGAGGAUAUUCUCACACUUCCAUAAACCCAACAGAAUAAACUACCCACCUGAGAUACAAAUGAACCGAACAACCAAACAUAUCAUUCCCACUCAGAGGGUGCUUAUGCAGAGCAAAGAGGUAGCCGAUAGAGUGGCAAAGCAAAGAAAUCAUGAUCAUUCUCCUAACCAACAAAAGAAGAGGCAAGGUCAAGGGCCAGUCAGGAAACUGGAUCUGCCCGUUAUUAAGCAAAACACAGAAAGUAAUCUUAAUGUGGGAUCACAAAAAGGUAAAACGGUCUACCGACAAACAACACAUUCUUCAGAGGACAGUAACAGCUUCUCUGCUGACAAAAAUGAAGUAAUGAAACGAACAAGUAGAAAACAGAUCAGGGAAGCAAAUAGAAAUACUCUUUCCCGGAGCAUGAUAAAUAUUGGCAGAAUUGAUAAUUCACAAGCAAUGCCCAGGGGACUUCACAGGAUAAAACAGAAUCUAAUGAAGGAUGAAUCCCUGGCAUGUUACUCACUCAGCUCCUCACUUAGUUCACUGAGUGAUGCAGAGUUUGAGGAUCAUCAAUCAAGAGCCCAGCAAAUUUGGUACAAAAACAGACACAACAAAACACUGAAUAUGAUGAAACAAACAAAGUUUAUGAACAUUCACAGCCAAUAUGAAGAGCCAAGCUCACCAAGCUCUGUCAGCAUGGAUUCGGAGGAUGACCUCCUUCAGAAAUGCAUAACAUCUGCUAUGCCCAAGCAGAGAAGGAAGCUUGCUGCAAGGAAGAAGAAAGCAGAAAAUACUCAAAAACAAAAGGCCUCUGAUGGGUGGAAUGAGGAAAUGGAUAGUGAUGACACAGCAUGGGAUAAAGAUUCAGACCUCAAUAGUGUUGAAUGGAGAGCCAUACAAGAAGGUGCUAAUUGUGUUGUCACUGGACUGCAGGCAUCAAAGUCUCAGGACCCAUCCUCUGAAGAGACUGAAUCAGUCAUGUCAUUCAUGUCAACAUCCAGCUUUACACCUAAAGAAAGGAAGUUUGCAAAAGACAAAAAGGCAAAUAAACCUCUAGACUUUGCACAGCGCAAGCCAGUUCCAAAUUUACCAAUGGUUUUUAGAGGCAGGACAGUGAUCUAUACGCCGAAAAAAGAGACAGCUCCAUCACAAAUACCUGCUCCCAGAAAAGUACCAACCAAGACAGAUGCUCCAAAGAAUCCAAACCUGGCUCAGCACAGAUCAAAGAGCCUUCACCGAUUAGGCCACCCGCAGGACAUUGAACUGUCUUUGCCAAAGAGGAGCUCUACUCCACCUCCAAGGCUACCAAAAAGUUCAUCCUCUGGAUCAUCGCAAAGCUCUACACCAUCCAAACAGUCGCAGAAGAAGAUAACAUCCCCGACACAGACAAAUAAAUCCAUCCAGAAAAAGAAUGCCUCACCACCUAGUAGCCCGCCAGCUAGUAGUCCCCCAGAAAGAAAAGGACGCUCUCCCGUUGUGAAUAAAAAUGAAAAGUCCCCACCCCCUAAAACUCAAAAGUCACCUGUCCGAAUCCCUUUUAUGCAAAAUUCAGUAAGGCCCAGAGCUCUGUCACCUCUGGUAACUAACCAAACAACCACCAGACAAACCAAUCAGGUCAACGGGAAAAGGGUCCCCCCUGCCAAUCGAUUUGGACUGGUCAGGAUGACUUCUGUCCAUUCAAGUAGUGGUGAGUCUGAGCGCAAUGGAUUCUUGAGACAGCUGACUUUCAUUAAGGAAUCACAAACUGUGCUGAGAAGGGGUGGCUCUGCACGCAACAUGCCUGGAUCUCAGAAUGGAUCACCCCACAGAGCAGUUCCUGGAGCUUCAGCUGUCUUCCUUUGCUCAUCACGCUGUCAGGAACUUAAGAUAACUGCACAAACCCAGAGAAGGGUGCAAGUAAAAAGUCCAAGGCAAACACAGCAAGUCCAGAGGCCAGACCGCGGCGUUCAAAAGCAGACGACAACCCUCUCUAGAGCGACCUCCAGUGAAAGGGACCUAUCUGCAAGACGUACACACAGGAGAACUAGCUCUGAAAGCCCCUGCAGGGUGGCUGAGCGAAACGGGCAUACCAGGGUGUCUGGACCCAGGCAGCAACAAGACAAAGACAACUUUAAACGUCACGCCUCAUCACCAAGCAUUAACAUACUGAGCCGAGUGACCAGCCGUUCCUCCCUUCGCUCGUCUUCAUCCGAUUCAAGUGGAAGAGCAAAGAGCGAAGAUGAUACAAAGAAGAAAGGGCACCGGUCUGCAUCGCGGCUAAAUGACAGAGUUACAUGGAGGAGGAUCAGGGAUGAAGAUGUACCUCAGAUCUUGAAAAGCACUCUGCCAGCCAAUGCAUUACCUCUGGUGCCUUCUCCUGACGGGCAACAGCCAAAGUCACCAGCUCUUCCAGGAAAACUACCAACCAUUCUACUUGCAUCACGCAAGACAAGUGAUGCGACAGUCCAGACAGAAGAUUUUUCGAAUAACAAGACCAACUCGAGCACCUCUCCAACGGUUGAAACAACUUGGGUGAUCUCAGAGGAAGUUGAACGAGUUGCGCUACUCAGAAAGAUGAGUGCUACCUCUGGGAGUAACCUACAAGAUGGAGAUUCAGACAUCUCACUUAAGAGUCACAGCACCGUCUCCACAGGUACGUCAGACAUCCACGUGGGUGGAGCUGUCCAUUUCCGCCAAGGAUCCCCUAGCAAGGCUGCCCGAAUCACUCCAUUUAAUUACACCCCAAGCCCCAUUUCCUGUAGCUCGCAAGACACACAGAGCCAAGAAGCUCCAAUCAAUGUAAAGUCAGGUGGAAAAUGUGAGUCGUAGGACGUUAAGUAUCAACACGAAUGACUCUACUGUGUUCCUGGAUGAAACUCAGCACUCAGGUGGACAGAUUAGGAGUGUGCUGGUCCCUUUACCUCGGGCAUUGACCCCUUACUUUCCCCAUUCACUGCAUUCAAGUUUUGCUCUCUGAACAAUUGUCCACAGCCUCCAUCUACCAUUCAUACAGGGUUGGAUGUAUGUAUUGAGACAUGUUUGACAUGAGCAGACCAUCAAUAACUUUUAGAGAUGCACUUCAGAGACACAAUCUCACAUGAAACCGAAGUGCAUCUUUUUGUACUUUUUUGUAUUUGUAGAAUAAUCAUUGCCUGGUAGAAAUGUAGUGAAACAUGAAGCAAAAGACAUUUAGAUUUUAGCACAUUAAUCACCAUUGGACACAAUUGAUAAAAGAAUAUUAUGCAAACUUCUGAAGGAUUACUCAGCUGGGCUUUUACCUGAAAAUGUACAAACUAAGUCAGACUGUUGAGAGAUUCAUAAGGGACUCAAUUGACAUGUAAAGUAUUUUUUACAUACACACACAUGUAUGUACAUCAACGGUUUGGGCCUUUUCCUCACCAAUCAACUGAAUAUGACCUCCCCUGUUCCAUGAAGAGCCCAGUUGGGUUGGGGCUACAUUGUUGAUAAAACAUUUCUUCAAAUUAAUAGUGCAAUCACUUUUAUUCCAUUUGUCUUGUGCAUGAGGCUAUAUUGUGAUCUUGGACUGAUGAAUGCGUAUUACAGGUUGACGAGAUGAAAACUUUUAAAUCUUGAACUUUAAAACAAAAAAAUUGGUAAACAAUAAAAAUGCAGUCAUUCUGAGGCAUAACAUGGUAUUUCGAGCUCACAAAAACAAUAUUUUAAGGGCGACUCAUAUAUAUCACUAAUAAUAUAUUGUGUAAUAGAUUUUCUGUAGAAAAUAAUUGACAAGCCAAUUGUGGAAUAGCUUUUUCGGUAUAAACGAUUUAGCAAAUUAACAAUAUAUAUAACCUUGCACAGUAGAUAUCGCCAUAUCGCCCGGCUAUACUUGUGUGAAUGAAAUAAGUAAAUUUAGCUCUGAAAUUAUUAAUUUGAGGAUAUGGUUUAUAACAACAUUUUACCACCUACUAGACUCUAGUUCCAUCACUGCUGCAGAACAUAUUAUAGCAAAUCCUGUCAUUUUCCCAGCUAUCAUCUGAUUAACUUCACACUCUCCUGUGCUGUGUCUCAAUCAGUAUUGUAAAUAAUAUGCAGAUAUACAAAAUCUUCAAAGCUUCCUGGUGGGCAAAAGAAACUGUGUUGCUCCCUGACAGCAUGCUAAUAUAACUACUGACUGUACACACACUUCUUAACGCUGUGGACAAUGGACGACAAUGAUGUUAUUCAGAGGUAAAACACUUUCUAAAGUCCGACAAGAGCAUUACUAGCCAUCUGUAUUCAAGUGCCACAAAGACCUAUAAUGCUAUAAACUGUCAGUUUAGAUGGACAAAGGGACUACAUACCUCUGUUCAUCUAAUGUGAUGACAUAUUUGUUUGCUACUAGAUUCAGGCACUGUUUGCUGUUGAGUAUUUCCUGUCAAGAAACAAAAAGAUAUGAUUCAGUGAUGGUUGGGCUUCGAGUCGAUGGCCUUGUGUCCUUACAGAAGUCUGAACGUGUUAAUAUCUGCUUAACUGUGUUGCUGUAAAAAUAGUAAUAGGUUGAGAAGAAGUCAAGUAUAAAGUCGAUGAAUAUUCUCUGUAGUUGUACCAUCACUCCUCUGUGUGCUGGGAGAGUAAAGACAGCAGAGUGCUGUACAGAACGAAUCUACACGAAGGGGCUCUUUAUUCAUAACAAGGUUUAUAUUUACCAUCCUACUGUAUUUUCAAAGCAUGUUUUGAGUAUAAUUAAAGCCCAAGUCCAUUUUGGAUGCAAACCUUUCAAUCCCCACUGGUGAUUUUAAGAUGAGUGCUACUCCAACGAAAUCAACUGUAUCUUGUCAGUAUCAAACCCUCACUCGAUAUACGUGGGUUGGAAUACGGUUUUGAGCUUGAUAAAUGAUGUUCAGAAAUAAUUUUUUUUAUCUGUAAUAAUUUGUAUAUCACCCUUUGUAAAAACUCUGCAUUGAAAUUCUAGUUUGAAAAUCAAUUUGGGCCAUCACUUUUGCACAAUUUAUUUUCGACAUGCUCAGCCUUGUUUGUAGCUAAACAAAAAGGUUGAGAAAUAUAUCAAAUUAAUUCAAAUUCGUAAAAUGUUUUGUGGAAAUGUGCAUGUGGAAAUGUUAUUACUGCGCGUGCACAAAGCUUCCUUUCUGUCAAGAACUCACGUAGAUGGCAGCUUAUUACAUUAGCUGUCCUGAGUCACGAUAGUUUGUGCUUAUGUAUGAAGAAUUACGUGAAUAGUAACAUUGCUGUGAAUUACGGAACUGCCGUGACUUCAGAUGACUAUCUGGCUCUUUCCAUAUCGUAGUGAAUCAAAUGAUUGUAUCUAUGAGAGGAAUAGACUGAAAGGAGACUGCUUUUGUUCGACCAGACGACGGCUGAAGCCAUGGGAGUCAACGGAAAUAGAUUCAUUCUUCUGUUCUGUUCACUACUAGUUUACAAACGGUAAUAUACAACCACAGGGUUUAAAAUGACUUCUGAACAUAAUUUCACAAAGUCAAAAUCUUUAGUUCGAGCCCAUGGCCGAUGGCUUGAAAUGAGGAUUUGUAAACUUUCCCAGUUUGAUACUAAUAAAGACAGGUUUCGGGUGGAGAAUCACUUUAGCAGACCCUAAAAUGAAAAUCAGGAUGAAAGGAUGAAAAUUGUGUGAAUAAGACAGACGGGAAGUUUGUCUCCAUGUUUAAAAGCCAACAGAGAGCACUGAAGUUUAUCCGUCAUUACCGUCGGCGGCCUUGUUCAUGUCUGGCUGGAGAUGAGGAUUUAGACAAGUUCACGCCCAAAUGAAUUCAGAACAGCGUUUUAACAAAAAUGUGACUGAAUGUCAUCCAAGCUGGAAAUUAGAUAAAUCAUCAGAGGACUCUGGAGCCUUUAGUGUUAUGGACACGAGUCAUCAAGGUGAUGUCUUGUGUCACCUGAUCAUAAAGGGGGCGAGGUCCCAGCCUGUAACGCAUGAACAAGGCCACAGAGGAGUUCUGGUGCCAUGUGAAAUAGGCAAUGCAACAGAAGUGUGUCAUAUAAAUGUUUUCAUCCAAUAAAAACAGUGAUGUGUUUCAUUAAA